GUCAGUAAACCACAGCCUCCAGCAUGCUGUGUUCAUGCAGCAGCAGUGGCUUCUUGGUGGUGUCUUGGCCAUGACACAUAUUUGACAUGCCCUCCCUUAACCCACUCACAGACUCUUGCUCUGCGGCAUGGACCAAAGAGAAAUUCUGCAGCAGCUACUGAAAGAGGCUCAAAAAAAGAAACUUAACAGUGAGGAGUUUGCCAGUGAAUUUCUGAAGUUGAAAAGGCAAUCUACCAAGUACAAGGCAGACAAAAUAUAUCCUACAACGGUGGCUCAGAGGCCCAAGAAUAUCAAGAAAAAUAGAUACAAGGAUAUUUUGCCCUAUGAUCACAGCCUGGUAGAGCUGUCUCUGUUAACUUCUGAUGAGGACUCCAGUUAUAUCAAUGCCAGCUUUAUUAAGGGUGUCUAUGGACCUAGGGCUUAUAUUGCCACCCAGGGUCCUUUAUCUACAACUCUGCUGGACUUCUGGAGGAUGAUCUGGGAAUACCGUGUCUUGGUCAUUGUAAUGGCAUGUAUGGAGUUUGAAAUGGGAAAGAAAAAGUGUGAGCGUUACUGGGCUGAGCCAGGAGAAACACAGCUGCAAUUUGGCCCCUUUUCUAUAUCCUGUGAAACUGAGAAAAAGAAAUCUGAUUAUAAAAUCAGGACUCUGAAGGCCAAGUUCAAUAGUGAAACUCGCAUUAUUUACCAGUUUCAUUAUAAGAACUGGCCAGACCAUGAUGUGCCUUCAUCUAUAGACCCUAUUCUUCAGCUCAUCUGGGAUUUGCGUUGUUACCAAGAAGAUGAUUGUGUUCCUAUAUGCGUUCAUUGCAGUGCCGGCUGUGGAAGGACAGGUGUCAUUUGUGCUGUUGAUUAUACAUGGAUGUUGCUGAAAGAUGGGAUAAUUCCUAAGAACUUCAGUGUUUUUAAUUUGAUUCAAGAAAUGCGAACUCAGAGGCCUUCGCUAGUUCAAACUCAGGAACAAUACGAACUGGUCUACAGUGCUGUGUUAGAACUGUUUAAGAGGCACAUGGAUAUCAUCUCUGAUGAUCACUUUGGAAGAGAGAUUCAAGCAGAAUGCUCAAUUCCUGAACAAAACCUCACUAUAGAAACUGACUCUUGUCCUCUGGAUUUUCCAAAAAAUGCCAUGAGAGAUGCAAAAAUGACAAACUCGCAGAGCAAACAAAGGCCUGAAGCAGAGAGCACCCAAGUGUCUUCCUUUGGCCUUAGGAUUUCUAAGAUAAGCACCAAGGAAGAGUUGGUUUUGCACUCGGCUAAAUCAAGCCCUUCUCUGAACUGUUUAGAGCUAAACCCUGGGUGUAACAGCAAGGCUGUCAUAACCAGGAAUGGGCAGGCAAGGGCUUCUCCAGUCAUGGGAGAGCCCCUCCAGAAGUACCAAAGUCUAGAUUUUGGUUCCAUGUUUGGGUCGUGUUCUAAUGUUCUGCCCGUAAACACAGCGGGCAGGUGUCAUAAUUCAAAGGGGCCAGUAAAACGGACCAAAUCAACUCCUUUUGAACUGAUUCAGCAGAGAAAAACAAACGAGUUGGCCGUGGAAGACGGUUCUUCAUGCUUGGAAUCUCAACUGCAUGAGCACUGUCUCAUGGAGGUGCAAAGAAUGGCUCAUGCUUCUUCAGAAGAACUGAAUUAUUCACUGCCGCGUGCCUGUGAGCGCCCGACGUGUGAUGCCACUUGUGUACCGCAGCACAGCCCUGGCGCUCCGAGAGUGCAUUUGUGCAUGUCUUUAGCGGAAGAUUCUUAUUUUUCAUCAUCCCCUCCAAAUAGUGCUGAUUCUAAGAUGUCUUUUGAUCUGCCUGAGAAACAAGAUGGAGCCACUUUUGACGCUCUGUUGCCAGCCUCUUCAACCUCCUUUUCUUAUUACAACCCACAUGAUUCUUUACUGGCGAGCACUCUGACCAGCUUUUCCCCACCAUUAAACCAAGAGACAGCUAUAGAAGCUACUUCUUCAAGGACAGAUGAUGAAAUCCCCCCACCACUCCCUGAACGGACACCUGAGUCUUUUAUUGUGGUUGAGGAAGUCGGUCAGCCCUCACCAAGUGUUACCGAAUCCUUACCUCUGGUGGUAAAAUUUGGAGCAUCACUGGAAUGCAGUGGGACAUCUGAACUGAAGAUCCAUGACUGUGUGGAGUUUCCACCGAGCAAGAAUGUGAAACUCCGAAGUCCCAAAUCAGAUCAACAUCAGGAUGAUUCUCCUCCACCUCCACUCCCAGAAAGAACUCCGGAGUCCUUCUUUCUUGCUGAUGAGGACUGUAUACAGGUCCAACCCAUGAAAACUUCUUCUACUAGCUAUCCUGAGACCACAGAGAACUCAACGUUUUCUAAACAGACAUUGAAGACCCCUGGAAAAAGUUUCACAAGGAGCAAGAGUUUGAAGAUUUUCCGAAAUAUGAAAAAGAGUGUUUGUAAUUCUUCCUCGCCAAGCAAGCCCACCGAAUGUGUUCAGCCAAAAAAUUCCAGCUCCUUUCUGAAUUUUGGUUUUGGAAAUCGUUUUUCAAAACCAAAAGGACCAAGGAGCCCACCAUCAACUUGGAAUAUUUAACACACCUCGAGAUUUAUAAGAAUAUUUGUUAAAACUGUACCUGCAAAUAAAGCUACUAGAAUACUGGUAUAAUAAUAAUAUCAUUAAUGAAGAUAAAUUGUGUCAAUAGUCUUGAAAAGGAAGGCAAUAUGUGAAAAACUUCCAGUAACCUUGUAUUUUCAUAUUCCUCAUAUUUUAUUGGGCACUGCCAAUAAAGUUUGACCUUCAGUUUA